AUCCCCUCUUGAAUGUCGCUGGGAACAAAGGUGGGAGACAACUCAUGACCCCCAAAGUGUGACAGGCUUGGGCUGUGCUGCUUCUGGCUGCUUAGAAUAACCCCGGGCCACUGUGGAGAUGAAUGGAGAACAGCAGUAUGAUGCAGAUGCUGGUUCUGGUGUGGAAGAAAUGGAAUUCAAUUGGGAUGAGUAUCUAGAAGACACAGGAGCAACUGCAGCCCCCCAUGGAUCUUUUAAACAUGUGGAUACGAGUCUGCAGAAUGGUUUUGCCCCUGGUAUGAAGCUAGAAGUUGCUGUCAAGUCUGACCAAAACACCUACUGGGUGGCCACCAUCAUCACGACGUGCGGGCAGUUGCUCCUGCUGCGCUAUGACGGCUACGGCGAGGACCGCAAGGCUGACUUCUGGUGCGAUAUCAUGACAGCGGAUCUGCACCCCAUCGGCUGGUGCGAGCAGAACAAGAAGAUUCUCAAAGUGCCUGAAGGUAUUAAGGAGAAGAUAGCUGACCAGGAGCAGUUCCUUCAGCAGGUGCUGAAAGGAGCAUGCAGCGCUCCCGCUAACCUGCUGGAGGGGCUUCAUAGAGGGAAGAAUCCUUUGGAUCUCAUUGCACCGGGCUCCAGACUAGAACUGCAAAACUUCCAGGACUCCUUGGAAGCUUGGAUUGUCAACGUGGUCGAAAACGUGGGAGGGAGGCUGCAGUUGCGAUACGAAGGUUUGGAAGAUUCUGACAAGUUUGACCAAUGGAUUUUCUACUUGGACCCUUUUCUUCAUCAAGUGGGCUGGGCAGCUCAACAGGGAUAUGACCUGAAACCGCCUUUAGCCAUUAGGUCCUUGAAGAGUGAAGCAGAUUGGCAAGAGAUCCUGAAGAAGGUGAAAGAGGAAGAAGAGGAGUCAUCAGUUCCUACUGAUCUUUUUAAGGAGAAACCUGUGAUUGGAGUGCAUUCCUUCUCUGAAGGCAUGAAGCUAGAAGCUGUGGACCCACUGGCCCCUUUUGUCAUCUCUCCUGCUACAGUUAUCAGGGUAUACGAUGACAAAUAUUUCAUGAUAGAAAUUGAUGACUUGAGACCCGAACGCACAGCCAGCCAGUCUUACAUUUGUCAUGUCAACAGUGCUGGUAUUUUCCCUGUGCAGUGGAGCCUGAAGAAUGGCUUGCAUCUCAGUCCCCCACUAGGUUACCCUGGGCAGGACUUUGACUGGGCAGACUACCUCAAACAGUGUGGUGCUGAGGCAGCCCCCCAGAGCUGCUUCCCGGCGUUAACUUCUGACCAUGGAUUUAAAGAGAAUAUGAAACUCGAGGCCGUGAAUCCAGUUGAUCCUGAGGAAGUCUGCAUUGCCACGGUCACCAAGGUGAAAGGUUCCUACCUCUGGCUUCAGCUGGAAGGCUCCAAAAAGCCCAUCCCUGACUGUAUAGUGAGUGUGGAAUCAAUGAAUAUAUUUCCAGUGGGUUGGUGUGAGACGAAUGGAUAUCAGCUCAGACCUCCUCGCAAAGCAAUAGUAAACAAGCAGAAAAAAAUUGCAGUAGUUCAGCCAGAGAAACAAAUUUUGUCUUCAAGGACAGUUCAUGAUGGACUAAAGAACCAGGAGCUGAACUCCUCUGACUCAGUGGUCAUUAAUGGAAAAUACUGCUGCCCAAAGAUCUACUUCAACCACCGGUGCUUCUCAGGGCCCUACCUUAACAAAGGCCGGAUUGCUGAGCUGCCCCAGUCCGUGGGGCCCGGGAACUGCGUCCUCGUCUUGAAGGAGGUUCUCACUCUGUUGAUCAACGCAGCCUACAAACCCAGCCGUGUCCUUCGAGAGCUGCAGUUGGAUGAAGAAGCUGCCUGGCACGGGCAUGGAGAGACCCUAAAAGCCAAGUACAAAGGGAAGAGUUACCGUGCGACUGUGGAAGUUGUGAGGACAGCAGACCGGGUGGCAGAUUUCUGCAGGAAAACAUGCAUCAAACUGGAGUGCUGUCCAAACCUCUUUGGUCCUCAGAUGGUGCUAGAUAAGUGCUCCGAGAACUGCUCGGUGCUCACAAAGACUAAAUACACACAUUAUUAUGGAAAGCGGAAAAACAAGCGGAUAGGCAGGCCCCCGGGUGGCCACAGUAACCUGGAAGUAGCCAUGAAGAAGCCAAAUAAAAGACGGAAGAGACGAAAACACUUUUUUGUUCAUAAGAAAAAACGCCCUUCUACUUCAGUGGAUAACACUCCAGCUGGAUCUCCCCAGGGCAGUGGGGGAGAAGAGGAGGAUGACCAGGACGAGGUAGAUGAAGAAUCGCUGACGGAGGAUAGCACCUCGGAGCAACAGGACGAAUUGCUCGAGGAGUCGGAAGUGUCAGAGAAGAAGUCGCUCUCAUCCUCUCCUACGCAGAGUGAACUGUCUCAUUCCCUGGCGCAGGACCGGGACAAGAGGAAGAGGAAGCUCAGGACCUUCUCCUUUUCUGAUGAUGAAAAUAAACCUCCUUCACCAAAGGAAAUAAAGAUUGAAGUUGCUGAAAAGCUGCAGUUGGACAGUAACCCCCUGGAAUGGAGUGUGUCCGAUGUUGUACGAUUCCUCAAGUCCACUGACUGUGCCCCACUGGCAAGAAUCUUCCUCGAUCAGGAAAUUGAUGGCCAGGCGCUGCUGCUGCUCACGUUGCCCACUGUUCAGGAGUGUAUGGACUUGAAACUGGGGCCGGCUAUUAAACUCUGCCAUCAUAUCGAGCGGGUGAAACUUGCCUUUUACCAGCAGUUUGCUAACUGA